AUGGAUGAUUUUAAGGACGAGCUGGAGGCGCACGAUGAGACACCGAAUAUACUCCUCACUGCGGUGUAUGUGCCGGUGUUUGUGAUGGCGCUUGUGGGAAACUUACUCAUCCUUACAAUUGUCCUAUCAAAUACUUCCAUGAAAACUAUGACGAAUUUGCUGUUACUUAAUCUUGCUAUGGCUGACCUAUCAGUGUGUCUGAUCUGUGUGCCUAUGGCCGUGGGGCAAGCUGUUUACAAAGUGUGGAUAUAUGGAGAAUUCAUGUGCAAGAUAACAACAUUCUUACAAGGCGUGACGGUAUGUGCAAGCGUCUUCACAAUCGCCGUCUUGAGUCUAGAUCGUCUCCUAGCCAUACGACAUCCCAUGAUAUUCAAGAGGAUAAGUAAUUGCAAGAUGGCUGCAAAGAUGAUCUCCAUCAUCUGGGUUAUUUCCUUCGGUGUGAUGUCCCCAUUACUGGUAUACCGGAAAACCGACAGGGAAGAAAUAAUCCCUGGACAGACGUUUCAUUUCUGCCACGAAGACUGGCCAGAUGACCUACAUCGUCAAGUGUACGACGCCAGUUUGUUCUUCAUUGUAUACAUCAUUCCGGGAACCGGUAUCUGUAUCAGUUAUGGCCUAAUUGGGAAGCAACUUUGGACAGAGGACGAGAAUCUGAAACGUUGUGAGUCCGAAAUAAGUAGGGGAAUGUCACAAAGGAUAAUGGCAGGGAGGAAGAGGGUUGCUAAGAUGUUGAUAGCCCUUGCUAUAGUGUUCGCCAUCUGCUGGCUUCCGUAUUAUAUUGUCAGUUUGUACCUGGAUUUUCAGACGGAAGAGGAACCAACAGAUUUUCUUGUCAUCUUGCCUUUCUCAAUCUUCCUUGGACACACAAACAGUGCCUUAAAUCCCAUUCUAUAUUUCUACACAAGUAAAAGCUUCAGAAAGUACUUAUGGAAAUUUAUUCAUUGCAAGCGGUAUGGAGUUCGUCAUGAGAAACCGGUGCAGGUGAUGGUGGACUACAACCCCGAGGAUGGCCAGGUCCAAGCCAGGGUGUCCCGCAACCCUCUCAUCCGCAUCAUUAGGGGCAGUGACAGUUCCUCCAGGUCUGGCAGUCUGAGGUUCUCCCGGUCCAGCAACACCAGUCUCAGAUCCCUGAACACAGAUUCAAACUCCUCGGGGAAGAGGCGGGACCCGAAGGGCCGGGAACACCUCCAUCUUCACAAACUGCCGUCAAUCAAGAAGCACUUAGUGGAUGACCAGAAAACAGACCUCAAUGGGCAGUGUGUAGUGGAACCAGACAAACACGUUAAAGAGAUCAUGGACUAUACGUUGAACAUUCCAACUACGAUACAGGAAGAGAGCUCCAAGUCGCGAUGCUCUUCACCAGCAGUCACACCGGUUAUGCCCAAGAUAAUUGAAGACAUAUACGUGAAAGAAGAAACAAAUCUUGUGACCUCUGUGGAUGACAUUAACACAAGCCUUGGUCAUUAACUUCAGGCCGACUGCUGAAAUAUACUCUUUUAUUGUCGUGUAUUGCCAAUGGAAACAUGUUGUACUGCAGAUCAAGUAUGGUACAUGCUUAUAUUAUAUUUGUAUCCGAAAGUACAAUUUGUAUCCACGUG